AUGUUGUCUGAUAACACUGGAGGACGCUUGGGUGGUGGUGCUGAAGGAGGUGGUGUAGUUGUAGGUGGAGCAUUUGAUAAGGAUGGUGGAGCAAGAUCGAAUGGCAGAGCUGGAGGAGUAUUUGAUCAGUGGGUGGAUGAGGAUUUGGCGGAGCUGGAGCUGGAGGAGCUGGGGUGGGCUGGGUUGGAGGAAAAUGUGGUGUCCCACGAGUGGGAUGUGGCCAAGGUGAUGGUGCUGGAGGAGUCACUGAUGCCUUUCGGACAUGGAAAAAGUGACGGUGUAGGAGUUGGAGGUGGUGCUGGUGGUUUUGGGAGCGGAAAAGGUGUUGUUGGAGCUGGCGGUGGCAAAGGUGGUGGUAGUAGAGAAGGGGUUGGCAGUGGCUUUUGGACGCAGAGAAGAAGGUGUAGGAUUUUGGAGGGCAAAAAGCGGCCUAGGAGGUGGCAAAGUGACGGGGAAGGUGGUGGUGUCGGGGGAGAAGUCGGUGGUGGCAGUGCUAGUUUCGGUGGAGGCAUAGGAGGUGGCAGAGGCGGUGCUGGAGGAGAAGGAUUCAAAUGUGGCAUUGGUGAUGGGAAAGGUGGUGGAGGAUUUUGGUGGUGGUGGUGGUGGUGGUGCAAGUUAUGGCUUUGGAAGAAUAGGCGGGGGGGCUGUCGGCGGCAGUUUCUUGUGGCGGAGGUGGUUGCCAGUGGUGGUGUAAGCGGUAGCUAUGGAAGUGGAGGAGGCGCGGGCGGCGAUGCUAGUGGCGGCGGCGGCGGGCCUCUGAGGUGGAUCUUAAGCUGUGAAGUCCAGCAACUUGUAGUAUCUUGCUUGCCUUUCUACUGA